AUGGACCAAUCCUUUGAAGACUUUCUAGAACUCAAGAACAACAAGCCCGUGAAGGAAGAGCACACUGCAAGCAAGAAGAGCAACAACCCCACAUCCGUGUCCUGGGGCUUCAAGACCAGAGAGGUCCGCGUUACCAAGAUCCCAAACCACUUCCAGGCCAAGAAGACAGAGAAUAUCCUAAUCCUGGUGGCCUUCUCCAUCGGACUCGGCAGCACGUGGCGCUUUCCGUACCUCUGCCACCAGAAUGGAGGUGGAAGCUUUCUGCUGAUGUAUUUCAUCUUGCUCCUGCUCCUGGGCAUCCCCCUCAUGUACAUGGAGAUGGUCAUAGGACAGUGGCUACGUAUGGACAACGUCCGGGCCUGGAAAUAUCUGGUCCCCUGGCUUAGUGGCGUGGGCUACUCCAGCAUACUGGCUUGUGUCUUGGUGGUCCUGUAUAACAGUGCCCUGGUCUCCUGGAGCCUUUUCUACCUUGGCCAGUCCUUUGAUUACCCCCUACCCUGGCAACACUGCCCCUUGGUAGAAAACUUAAGCAUGGUUGGCAACUCCUGCCUUUGGUCAGAGCCUCACCAGUAUUUCUGGUAUCACAGUCUCCUUCAAGCCUCCAAUCAAAUAGAAGAAGGGAUAGAAGUGCUGGUCCUGAACGUGACCCUGUGCCUCUUUGCCACGUGGAUCUUCCUCUAUGUCACCAUGGUCACCAGGAUAAAGAUCUCAGUGCUAAUGAUGAUUUUCUCCAUAUUGUUCCCCAACAUCCUUCUCCUCUGCUUCUUCAUCCGCACUCUCUUCGUGAAUGGUGUGAAGGCCAGCCUCUGGCGCCUGGUGACCACAGAGCUUUCCAUCUUGGCAUCACUGGACGCGUGGCGUCAGGCUGGAGGCCAUGUUCUCUACUCCCUUGGCCUUGGCAUGGGCACCAUCAUAACUUCCUCCUCCUACCAGACUAGAGGUGAGAACUACAUCAGGUGGGCCUCCUUUGUGGCCAUGGUCAACCUGGCGAUGUCGUUGCUGAGCUCAUCCGUCAUCUUCCUCGUGAUAGGCUUCUGGACCACAACCAGCGGCACUCUGUGUGUUGAGCGGAAUGUCUCCAAUCUGCUCAACCUGAUAGCCAACGGGGUGCUCCCACAGGCCGCCUGGCCUCCCAGAGACAUCGUCCAUAAACCCCCAGUGGAAUUCCUAACCUGGAUCAACCAGCUUCCCAACAACUUAAAGAGUGAGGUCAUCCAUCAGACCCUGCCCUGCAGCAUCCUGAUGCAGACGGAAAAGAUAAUGGAGGGCCCUGGCCUGACAUAUGUGGCCUUCUCUCAAGCCAUCUCACUGUUUCCCGGCUCCUCUUUCUGGGCCAUCAUCUUCUUCAUGUCUCUGGCUAUCAUGGGUCUGGGCACCAUGAUAACUCUCCUGGAGGGCAUCGUGCUUCCUCUGCAGAAAAGCAUCUCUACCUUCGCAAAGCAUCCCAAACUGGUACAAGUGCUUGUCUGCUUGGGAGGAUUUCUGGGGAGCCUCGUCUUCUCCAGCCGCCCUGGCAGCUACGUGGUGUUCCUGUUAGAUGACCACCUGGUCCCUAUGAUCCUCGUCAUAAUUGUGGUGAUCCAGAACCUGUCUCUGGCUUGGCUCUAUGGAAUCAAGAGGUUCAGGGCUGAGAUGUUCAGCCAGCUGGGCCGCCAGGUGUGGGCACCUUUCACCUUCCUGUGGAGCUACGUGACGUUGCCCAUGCUGCUGGUCCUGCUCACCAUCUACUUCCUGAAUCUCUAUUACAGUGGAUCCCCCUACUAUGUCUCCUGGAAUAAUAGCAUGAGCCACGAAGUGAAGCAGCCUUACGAGAAGAUAGCCCUGGGCUGGGUCACCUUCCUCAGUGUCCUGGCGCUGCUGCCGAUCCCCGUGUACCCACUGCAGCACUGGUGGUAUCUGGAUGACCCAAACAUCUGUGAAACCUUAGAAAAGCCUCUGUCCUCCAAAAAGACGGUCACGGUGCCCAACAGAGUCACCCAGUGGCCCGUGCACCCCAUGAGGAAACUCACCCUCAGAAAUCAGGAGAAAAGCAAGGCUUUAUUCCAAAGCAAGAGUCCCCCGGAGAACUUCCUUCAUCCCCAAAUCCUGAUAACAAAAAAGGACAGUGAGAACUACUCCAAUUUCAGCUUCCCCGACGCCACGCUUCCUUCUCGCAUUGGCUUCUCCACCUUGAACAUCACUGAGGUCUCAAAGUACACCAGCCACUCAGAAUCCCUUUUUGACUCCCACAGCACUGGAGAGAAGUGACAAGCUUGAGACUUGUGAAGGAAAGGCUCGUAAGAGCCCCGCUUAGCAGCGGCCAGCCACAUCAUCUGGUCUCGGUAACCAGUGAUGGGCGCCAAGCCUCUAGCACAGACCCCACGGAAAGCAGAAGACGGGGGGGGGGUAUGCAGACCCCAGCCCAGACUUCUGUGGUAGCCCCCGUGGGCCCCAGACAGUCAUGGAUGACGCAUUAGUCCAUCCUCUAGCACUGGACACUGUGCCCAGGGCAGGCCCCAGGGCCCCUUCCCUCUCUUUGAUACGGACACAAUUUUGGUGUGCCCGCGUGGGCAUCUGGGACAGUCCCAGUUACUGAGAGACACAGUGGUUCGUCCCCCUAGCCCUAGCCAUCGGGCCUGUCAGAAGUGUGGCUGACUUCCCAGGGAUGGCCAUCUCAGAUGGCACCAAGAUAGCAAUGUUGUCUAUCAAUAAAUGAGGCAGUGGAUGAC